GGUACUUCCGGAAUUGGUGGGCAGGAUAACACAAACAAGGAGAAACAGUGUUUUGAUUUGAAACUUGAGAAGAACAUUACCUGCAAGGGAUACGACGUGGCGGUCAAAAGCCUGAACAGCACUCAUUAAGUUUCUGGCAUGCACAUUUCCCAUUCACUCUCAGGCUGAGGAGGGGGCUGGCCGGGUGAUUAUAAACUCUUGGGGAGAAACUUGGUUUAGAACCAUUGCUCGGAAGCUGACAGACACAUCCACUCCCUGAGAUAAUAGAGGUUUGUGAAGCAUGGUUUCAGCGUUGCCACUCCUGUUGCUACUAACGGGGCUCACUCUGGGACCCAGUCAAGGUUCCACCCCGGAGAUAUGCCGGGGUUUCUACUGCUACAGAGGUGCUAGCUCUGAGCGGGGCUGGCCGUGCCCCGGGGCUCACUGCCAGGGCAGAUCAUUCAGACCAUCCCGGGGCAACUCGGCCAACAUUCAGGACAGGGGGAGCCUGGCGUCCAGGGGCUACCAGAGAACGGGCGGCGGAGGGACGCCAGCUUCCAGACCCCCCACCGACCCCAACAUCAUCAGCCAUGCCGUGAGAAAGCAGGAGAGCGCCGGCGACCCUCCUCCUGCCAACGGGGGGCUUUGCCCGGGGGGAGAGUGCCCGGGCAGACCGCCCACCUCCAACGAGACGAAGGAAUGCAGAGGCAUCGAGUGCAGGUUACCCCUGAGGAGCCGCCUGAAGCCCAAAGGCCGAGCUCAAUGUGCUGGAGGUGGAGGGUACUGUCCUCCUGGUCCGGUUCAAGUAGAGGCAGAAGUUCUUGGGCAGUCCAGCCCCGUGCACAUGCCUGACCGAGCCGCUCAGUACGUUGGAGAAAUUCCUGACCUCAGCUAUUCAACCACAGAGCUUGGAGGAGCAGCUUUGGGAGUUCAGCUAACAUGUGACAUAAAGCCAGGUGACAAUGAGGUGCCGUCUGAAGAUGCCUUGAUCUUGCAGCUCCAGCUAUCGAAGGGACAAGAGAAAUUUGUGGAAAUGCUGAAGAGUCAGCAGAAAACAAUCACUGAUUUGCAGCAGAGGCUUACUGAGCAACAAGCCAUGUUGAUAAACCAGCAAAGAGAAAUUCUGGCACAGCAGAGGAAUAUGUUUGAACAGAUGGAGCUGGUGAAAGUCCAGUACUCAAUGCUCUUCGAUACCAUUAAGCAGACAUCACUUUCGAACGUGCAGGCCGAGGUCCGGAACCAGUUUGAGUCUCAACUUCAGGGUUUGCAGAGUCACAUACAGAGUCAACUGCAAAAGACCUAUGCUGUGCACAAAGUGGACUUGGAUGCAAAGGUGAUUGAUAUCACUGAUCACCUUCUGGAGUGUAAUUUGUGCCAACGUGACGAAUACUGUGAUUUCCAGAAGAUGCCGCCCCAGUGUGAAAGGUGUACCAUGUGCCCGGCCGGGUUUUUCCAGGUGGCUGAAUGCUCUGCCACAGCUGACCGAAUUUGUCAGGACAAAGAUGAGUGUCUGGAGUCAGCCGAUCUUUGUGGCGAUCAGAUAAAAUGUCUUAACACUCCAGGUGGAUUCCGGUGUCUGGGCAUUGCUGACUGGGACGCAGCCUCAGGAUUUUGUGGGCAUGACUACUUCUUCAAUAAAGAAAUGCAUGAAUGCCAGGCCUGUUCAUUGUGUCAUGAAGGCAUGGUAGCUUUCCAGUGCUCCCUGCAGAGUGAUACUGUUUGCAUCCAGUCACCUGAAAAUCAUCUCUCGGAAUCAUGGUCAACAAACACCGAAGCUCCGUCACUAAAAUCCGGACAAAGCCCAGUUCACUUGGGCUUGAAACUCCCCUUAAAGGGAAAGCCUCAGACUGGCCUGGUUACCAGUGAGGACGGCAGGUUGGUCUUCAGGCAGCAUGGACUGAUCUGGGUUGAUUACAAUUUUGCUGUCAAACACGACUGCAGGAAUUUUCUCCAAGUUUCAUUAAGACUGAACAAGGAGGAAGAGGAGGAGAAAGGUUGUGAUCUCAGUGGUGUCCGUGUUGAACAACCCGAGGGGAAAUACUAUCAAAGUAGCAGUGUGAGUGGCUCAGCUGAGGUGGAGCCUAGCCACAUGCUCCAAAUCUUCAUGAAAAGCCCCAAUCAGUUCUGCAACCAAAGCAAUGACCUUAACUUCUAUCCCCUUCAGAACCCAUUCAGUUUUUUCUGGUUAUCACAUGACACAGGAGCAGUGGCCAUGAGUGCGCACAUGGCAAGCUCUGUUCACUACCAGACCAACUAUCGGCCUGUCUUCAAGGUCAUUUCCAUCUCUGAUCCCUACAUGAUCACUUUGUUCCACGAUGGCAGGGCUGUGAGAUUUACUGAGCAAGGGGUCAUAAAAUUUGUGUAUCACCAGGCUCUAUAUGCAAUGGGUCACACGUGCAUUUGUGAAGGCUUUACAUUACUUUCCUAUAUUAACAGGAAUGGGACAAAUGAAGAGUUAAUGCAAGUUUAUAAAUCUGGUGUCAACUACCGGGAUACUUCCAUUUCUGCCUCUGGAGCUGCUAUGGUAAACGGCGGAGACACCAUCAGCUUUCAGAUCCACUCUCCUGCACAAUGCAGUGUGCGUUACUUUGGUGACUCUUCUGGGAUCAGUGUUUUCAGCCUGAUUUGGAUCCCUUCUGCAAUUUCAUCAGCUCUUUCCCUUUCAGUUUCGGCAUCUGCAUUACCGACCGGAGCAGUGAGGAAUAAGUUGCUCAGUUUCCAGGGUGUUUCGCCAGUGGUAGAACAGAAUCAGAUUGUGCUGGUGACUUCUGGGCAGUUUGCAUGCAAGUAUGUCUUGUUCCGGCAGAGUGGAGUGGCCAGCCUUGCAUUCAAUGUCAAACUGAUUCAUUCUUGUGAUAUCGUCAAAGUCACUCUGAACCGAUUACAGAACAACCACGUUCAGCCAUCUGUUGUUUCACGCCAAAUUGGGGGUCAGAUGCCUGCAGGUAGCCAAUGGACUAGCAUUGGUCUAAGUACUUCAUUUGCUGUUCAGAAUGGCACAAUGGCUGCCAUUUCCCUGGACUGUGUGCGAGGACGGAUUAAUCAGAUUUCACACAGGCAUGGGACUCACCUUUCUGUUUUAUGGAUUUCAUCCUGAGUUAUUGAAUGAAGAGUUUCAGAUAAUGGACUCCUAUUGUAGGUUUUGCAGUUCAUUAUGGUGAUCUUUGAAGUGGGGGGGAUCUAUAAUUGAAAACAGUGCAACCAAUAGAAAUGUUGUUCACCCCUGCCUUCCAAUAACACCCCACCACCAAGGCUGUGCAUUAAGCUAGACAAAUGGAAAGAAGUGGAAAACAAAAAACAAAAAUCCAAACUGACUCUGUGCACACUGCAAGAUUUCUAAUGGUCAUUGUAACUGCUGCUUUACAUUACGUUGUCUUGGAUCCAGCAUUGCAAUGCAGUAAAUAGUUCUUCUGGGAGAACCUCACCGUCUAUGAUUGAACAUUAUCUGGUGGUUUUGUAAUGUAGUUUGCUAUCACACUAUGACAAGAAUGUGGCUUCUAUUUAAGCAAACUUUUGCCUAAUCAUUUUCAGUUCCUCUCUGACCAAAGUUUUAUUUAAACUUCAGUUCAAAGUUUUAACCACGAUCACCACCCUGCUACCAUUCAUUAGUAAAACGUAAAGAGAUAGAAGAUGAUUGAAUACGAAGAUGUUUUGACUUAACAUCUUCUUUUGCAUUUCAGUCACUUAACAAACUUUAACUAGCUGCCAGAACCUGAAAAAAAACUGAAAUCUUACAUUCUAAGGAGCAGUUUUCAGAUUGGUGCUAAUAGAUACUGAUUAUCUCAUUUUGGGCAAUCUAUAAGCAGCGAGUGGUUUUGUGUGGUGUAGACUGUGCUUCAAUUGUUUCUCAUCCUUUAUUGAUGGGAGAUGACCCCUAGGGCUGUGCUGAAAUUCUCAGCUACUGGGAAAAAAUUAUAGUUUCUACCUCUUCAAGUGCUAGCAAUAAAAACAGUUGACCACAGGCUGAAACGAAUUUAUGGCAAUAUAAGUGAUGUUUCAUCCUCUGCUGUAAGCAACGUUGUAAACCCAGCUAUAGCCUGUCCAUAGGGAUAUUUUUGCAUUACUAUUUAUCCCUGAUGUGUUGAUGCACAUUGUCAUUUGUUUGGCAUUUGGCUCUCUACCAAAUAUUCUGUGGGAAAAUUAUUUUCAGUUGGCACUGCCAACUGAUCACUCUCAUAGAGGAAAAAAACUGAUUACUAUAUGGAGCAAAAUUGCGUGUGUGAUCUCUCUGAAUAUAUUUAGUCUUGCUGCAGAUAGCAAGUCAGGGUGAUUUUUCACUCCAACACAUCGACAUGUAUACGAAGCCAGUGGAAACCAGAACUAUAAGCCUAUUGGUUUUGUGAUUAAUCUCGUAGUUUUACUACUUGCUGUAGGGUGUAAUAGGAAAGUAAUUUUUUUAAAGAUAUCCACAAAAGGCUGGAUGUACGUUGGUUUUGAAAUUUUCUGUCUGCAUAUUAGUUUAUUUGUAUGUUUAUUGUGUCCAUUUACAGCUUCCUUGUUCAUUUUCUUUAAUGAAUUUGUCAGUUCAUACUAAAUUAAAAAGUGGAACAUGGAAACAAAUAAAUAUGCUUAGUGCUAAUAUCCACAUGGUAUACUCUCAAGAUCAUAGUUAACACAGGUGCUGAUGAGAUGAAUAUGUAAUCACAGACAAUUACCAGGAAGGUGUCCUGGAAAGGGGGAUAUAACAAUGAAACUUUUUCAAAAUGGAGUUUCGUUUUGGUUGCCACUGAGCCUAAGCUCAGUGCAAGUUAGUGCACAUGUAUUUUAGUUAAGACCACAUUUAAUGUGACCACAUUUAAUAUUAUCUAUUAAAACUAAAAAGAAUCAUAUGCAUGUUUCCAUUUAAAAUCCUUUUGCCUAAAGUGAGCAGUGAAUGUUUGAUAACAUUUAAAGGUGCCUUUAUUCCAUUUUUUAAAUGAACUAUAUAUAAUGUAUCAAUACAAUGUCGCUGUUACCAAAUGACAAGUAUAACCUGUUUUAUGCUAUUUAUAACAUCGACACCGUAGCUUAAACAAUAUAUUGUAACAAAAGGAUUUUAAAAUGUUUUAUUGUU